ACUGACGCCAUCAUGAUUCAAGAUCGGAAACUAGCCACGAUCGUCAGUUCUCCAAGAGAAAUCAACAAUUGUGACCAGCUGUUGAGUGUUGUCAGGUGUUUAGUAGUGUUGAUUGUACACGCGACCGCGACUUAUUUAAUUUAGCGGCUUUUAUUCCAGAUGGAAAUUGACGAACAUGUUGAUCGAUCAUAAUUGUGAUUUAUGACGACCGAUUUAUAUACAAAACAUUAUGAAAAAGUAUAUUUCAAACAAGUAUUUCAACUGAAAGAUUGAUAUCUUGACGACUCAUACCUACCUGUUAGAAAUAAAAACAAAAUGAAAGACGAUACUGUGGAAGAUUCUGAAAAGCGAAAGUCAUUGAAUAAUCAUAAGACAACGACGAUUAACCCAACCGAUCGUGGUAAAAAAAUAUGUCAAGAACAUGGUGAAGAUUGUCCAAGCGAAAACGAACGAGAAUUUGAUUCCUUGGAGUAUGAGGAAGAUGUUUAUUAUUCUAACCUUGCAGAAACACCGAGUUUUGAUGAUACUGAUGAACUUUUUGCCGAUGACAAUGAAGAAAUCAUCGUUCAUUGUUGGAAAGAUGCUAAUACUGAUUUAGAUGAAAUUCUUGUAAAUGAUAUUGAUCUUUCAAAUGACCCUAACUUUCAAGGAACUUCUCAAAAAAAGCGAAAGUUAAAAUCUGUUCGAGUUAUAUUUCAAGAAAUUUCCAAGUCUUAUCGAGAUAAAAUCAACGGCAAACCAAAGUUCCUUGAACUUUUAAAAGGUGAAGAUGCCCUACAUUCCGGUUCUCUUUCUCCAUCAGCAGACAAUGCGGCGAAUGAGUUAGCUGGACUCACGCUUGAGGAACAAGAACACCAAAAAGAAGAAUGGAGGAGGGAAUUAGCUAAGGUUGAGGAAGAAAUCCAAACUCUAAGACACGUACUAGCAAGCAAAGUACGCGUAUCUCAAGAGUUGAAACGUAAACUGGGAAUUAGUGUUUGGAAAGAUAUAACUGAAGAUGUAAAUCAAGGCCUUCGCAACGUCAAAGAGAGUCAUGUUUAUCAGAACAUUGGUGAGAAACUUGGUCAGAUCUCCAGGGCUGUAUCAGAGAACAGUUUGUUCCAGAAAACAGAAUCGGUAUGUAAACAAGCUGCUGGUUUAACAUCUAGUAUUCUCGGAGGAUUUGGUAGCGGAAUUUCUAUGAAAAUUGGUCAAAUGCGAAAUUCUGACAGCUUUCGUUCAUUAGAAGAGCGAGUGGGAUCUGCUUAUGAGAACGUAAAGACCAAAAUCGGACCGUCGCGGUCAAACUCAACUCAAAGCUUUGAUGAAGCACUCCGAGAGUCUGAGGCGACACGACGGGCUUCAGGAAUUCCAUCAGUCGCAACAAGCCCGACUAUUCCUGAGGAAAAAAUGUUCUUAUAGAGCUUACCAUUUCGUCGACCUUUAAUCCAACAGUGUGACAUAAAUAAUAAUUACCCUUAUAGAUGGCGAGCUUUGCUCAGUUGUUUACUUAGUCACCAACAUCCUCAAUGUCACGCUGUUCAGGGAUGUAAUUAUAAUUAUCAAUAUAAGGUCGUACGAAUGAAAUAUUUUGCAGAAAAAUCGUUGACACUGAGAUGCAGUUAGUAAUGUGUAUGUAGGAGUUGAAUGAGUAAUAUUCCAAGGUAAGCUACAUUAAUUAAUAUACACAUUAAUAAAUAAAAAUAAAUAUAAAAAAAAAACAGAAAAAAAAAUAGGGGAACAAAAAAAUAAAUAAUUUCGUGCAUUUAUAAGUACGAGCAAAAAUAAAAUAAACUCGUCCUCUGACAAUAUUCUUCAUACACGAGACUUAUAUUCUAUUAACACAAUUAUACUUAAUAUUUAAAAAUAUCAAUUAUGCCUAUAAUCAGGCAAGGUUUGUGUAUUACACAUCUUGCACUGUUGAGCCUUUUAAAUACAACAUAUUGAUAUAUAAUAUAUGUAUAUGUUUUGAAAAUUGUUAUGUGAAUUAUCAAAAUAAUUUUCAAUUGCAUAUAUUCCACGGUUGAAUUUUACACCAUGAAUGUUUUUUUAAUGCCUACUUGAAUAGAAAUAAACUAUUAUAACAAAGAAGGUGUUUUAUUAUGUAUGUUUGAAUGUGCUUAAAAUUGUGCACUUGGGAUUUAUAUCAAGAUAUCCUUAUAAAGGUUUUUCGCUUUUACACUGUAAAAUGAUUUUGGUAUUAUUGGUAAAUAAAUAAGUUGAUUGAUAUUAAUAUCACUUUUUUUUUUUUUUAAAAAAAGCAUACAAAUUUUUAUUAGAACUAAGUACAAAAAUAGUAGGUACAUUUUCUUUGCUUCACCUAAAUUAUUUCUCUACUUCAGCUGGUUCGUCACGUCGAAAGACAUUGACGUGUUUUAUUAAUAUUAUUAUUGUCAUGAUGUAUUCUUUUUUAGAGGAAUAUCACAUUUUCUAACUAAUAGAUAUGCGAUUCAAAAUCUAUGAUAGUAUUUAGAUAGAGCGAGAGGAAGAGAGAAUGAGAAAUAUAAAGAAAAAAUACGAGUAAGAAAUAUUUUAAAAAAGAGAGUACAGAAUAAAAAUGAUGAUAAGGAGGGAUAUGAAAAUUUUUAUUAAAAAAAUUGCAAUGAAAAUUGUAAUUAUUACACUUAUGUCAUUAAAAAUAGAAAAAAAAACAAACUCUCACCAAUGGCGUCACGAUUAUUUGAUAACAUUUCUUACGAAUCACAAUACGAUAAACUUUCGACGUGCUCACCAUAACGAAUUUACAGAUAUAAAUAUUUAGCUAUCUACAUUAAAAAAUAAUCAUAAUAAUGAUAAUAAAGUAAAUUGCAAAAUAAAAAAAGUUUAAAAAUGAAUUUUUUUCGACAGUAAAUUAUUACAAAACAAAAAUGUCUACAUCGUUAGUAAAUAAAGCGAUGGCUUUAAUAAAUCAAAUAACAAAUGUGCACAUUUUGUGCUACAGACAAUUAUAAAAAUUGUAAACACUGUACACCCGAGCUAUUGUUAGUAAGAAAACUACGUUCCUACUAUCUAUUUUUCAAUGUAUCUUGUCUUGAUGUAUCAAAAAGAAAACAAAUUCUAAGGAAUUGACAUUUAAUUUUAUGAAAUAAGAAUGAAUAAUUUUUGAUGAAAAA